GAUCUUUAACUGGAGAGGAGUGGGAGAGGGAGGGGAGACAAGAGCAGCGCAGCAGCGGGCAAGCCACUAGCCCCGAAACCCAGAAAUAAAGCUUGUACGCAGAUAAUAAAUGUUGGUAAACGACAUGGCAGUACGCGGAGAACAACAUGCGGCUCCGGGGAUAUAGGAGAUAAGGCUGAAGUCGUCUGGGAACGCUACUGGAGACGGUUUAAAACUGAAGAAAACAACACUGGGAAAAAAGAAGGGGAUUACACACAACAGUGACAAUAAAACAACACUCAUCGACAAGUGGUCUGCUUUGGUGCCGAGGGUGAAGUCCGAACAUCCCCCCAGACUCAAAAAUACCAACAGGAAAUAUAGGUGAAGUGAUAUUCUGUUGGAAGUAUUGUAACGGUUAAUCUCAUGUAGUGUUUCUGCGUGAACUCUAAACUCAGGAAACAAUGAAGACAUAGCGAGCAAGAACUCAUCAAGUGUCUCGAAGCUGCUAGCUGUCCCGCUAGCGUUAGCUCGGUGAUUUUUGCAGGGAGCGAAUGCGAGGCGAAGCUAACGCCCGCUAGUGCAGCCAAGUAAGCUAAGUUAGCUGUUGGCUAACAUUAGCCGGCUAGCUGAACGCGUUUUUGAGAAACUUUUGGUGUUGUUUCCCAGGAGCCCAAACACCGGGGGAUUAUUGUAAAAACAGAGGGGAAGGGCAGGUUCCCUUCUGGACUUUUUCCCCUCUACGUAUUUUUCUACUAUGAUGGCAGCGGAGGUCAGCAGUGAGGAUACGGGCUCGGUCGCGACAGGGACAGGGGUGGCAGGCGGAGGAGGCCCGGAGACGACGGCCCCUUUCCCAUACUAUCCCAAGCCGAGCAGAGUCCGAACCACUGAUUUGGUGCAAGGGCCGGCACCAGCCACCCGACAGCAUUCAAACACAUCUCCGGACUCCCUUUCAGAGAUGAAUAUAAUCUAUUCCUCCAUGCUUAGUGGGGAUAUGACCGGAGCAGGGAGUGGCGUAGCAGGAGGUGGACAUUCAGUUUUUCAAGGAACAAGCUCAGGGACAGUGGGCGGCAUGUGCUGCUCUCCAACUAUGGAGGGUCCAGCUAGUCGGAUCUCACCCACAUCAACAGGCCCGGAUGGGCCCACUGUCUUCCCACCACUUCCACCACCACCUCCUCCGCCUCCUAGCUGUGGGGGGCUCGGUGGCACUAUGGAUGAAAGCGACAUGCAAGAUGGGAUGGAAAUCGACGAAGAAGAGGUGACGUUCCCACUCUCCGCACCUCCCACUAACCAGUGGUACCAUGGCAAGCUAGACCGAACCAUUGCAGAGGAGCGCCUGCGCCAGGCCCGAAAUCCUGGCAGCUACCUCAUCAGGGAGAGCGACCGCCGGCCCGGUUCCUUUGUCCUGUCUUUCCUCAGUAUGACCAAUGUGGUCAACCACUUCAGGAUAAUCGCCAUGUGUGGGGACUAUUACAUUGGUGGGCGGCGGUUCUCGUCCUUAUCAGACCUGAUUGGUUACUACAGCUAUGUGUCUUGCCUUCUAAAAGGAGAGAAACUGCUAUCACCAGUGGCCCCUCCAGAGCCUGUAGAAGACAGGAGGCGAGUCAGGGCCAUACUUCCAUACACCAAAGUGCCAGAUACUGAUGAGAUCAGCUUCCUUAAAGGGGACAUGUUUAUUGUUCACAAUGAACUGGAAGAUGGCUGGAUGUGGGUGAGCAAUGUUCGCACAGAGGAGCAGGGACUCAUUGUGGAGGAUUUGGUGGAGGAGGUGGGCCGUGAGGAGGAUCCACAUGAGGGAAAAGUCUGGUAUCACGGAAAGAUCACCAAGCAAGAGGCCUACAACCUUCUGAUGACAGUUGGUCAAGUGUGCGGUUUUCUAGUCCGGCCUUCAGACAACACACCUGGCGACUAUUCCCUCUUUUUUCGCACCAAUGAAAACAUCCAAAGGUUUAAAAUCUCCCCCACACCUAACAAUCAAUACGUGAUGGGGGGGAGGUACUAUAACAGUGUUGAUGACAUCAUCGACCAUUACAAGAAAGAACAGAUUGUUGAGGGUUACAACUUAAAAGAAGCUGUUUCAGUUCAGCACCAGGAACAGGUUCUGACUGACGUAGUGGAUGGGAGAGAAAUUUAUAACACUAUCAGACGGAAAACAAAAGAUGCUUUUUACAAAAACAUUGUCAAAAAAGGCUACCUCCUGAUCAAUAAAGGCAAAGGCAAACGGUGGAAGAACCUUUACUUUAUCCUGGAGGGUAAUGACGCACAGCUCAUCUAUUUUGAAAACGAGAAAAGAGCCACGAAACCCAAAGGGCUGAUCGACUUAAGCGUGUGCUCCGUCUACGGCGUGCACGACAGUCUGUUUGGCAGGCCAAACUGUUUCCAGAUUGUUGUCCAGCACUUUAGCGAGGAACAGUACAUAUUCUACUUUGCAGGAGAGGCUACAGAGCAGGCACAGGAUUGGAUGAAAUGCCUUCAAACCUUCUGUAAUAACCUAAGGAAAACCACUCAGCCCACCUCCAACAAGAGGCUUAGACAGGUGAGCAGCCUGGUGCUGUACGUGGAGGAGGCGCACAAGUUGCCAGCGAAGUAUUUCACCAACCCCUACUGUAACAUCUACCUGAACAGUGUCCAGGUUGCUAAGACGCACCCGCGGGAGGGGCAGAACCCCGUCUUCACUGAGGAAUUCAUCUUUGAUGACUUGUCCAGUGAAAUUAACAGAUUUGAAAUCAGCUUGAGCAACAAAACGAAAAAGAGUAAAGAAAACGACAUCUUGUUCAUGCGCUGCCAGCUAAACCGGCUGCAAAAAGGCCAGAUGAUUGACGAGUGGUUCCCUCUCAGCUCCUACGUUCCUCUGAAGGGCAUUGAGCCGGGCUCCUUACGUGUACGUGCCCGCUACUCCGUGGAGAAGAUCAUGCCCGAAGAGGAGUACAACGAAUUCAAGGAGAUAAUCUUGCAGAAGGAGUUUUAUGUCGUCUAUGCUUUGGCACAUGUGUGUGGUCAGGACCGCUCCUUACUGGCAAGUCUCCUCCUGCGGAUCUUCAGGCACGAGAAGACUGAAGCCCCGCUACUCAGGACACUCAAUGACAGAGAGAUUAGCAUGGAGGAUGAGGCCACAACAUUGUUCAGAGCGACUACACUGGCCAGCACACUGAUGGAGCAGUACAUGAAGGCCACAGCAACACCCUUCGUCCACCACGCGCUCAAAGACACAAUCCUCAAAAUCAUGGAGAGCAAACAGUCCUGCGAGUUGAACCCUUCAAAACUGGAAAAGAAUGAAGAUGUGAAUAUGAAUCUGGGGCAUCUCCUCAACAUACUGUCUGAGCUGGUGGAGAAGAUCUUCAUGGCUGCUGAGAUCCUUCCACCUACUUUGAGGUACAUCUACGGCUGUCUGCAGAAGUCUGUGCAACAGAAGUGGCCCACCAACACCACCAUGCGAACGAGAGUUGUAAGUGGCUUUGUCUUUCUAAGACUGAUCUGCCCCGCCAUCCUCAAUCCCAGAAUGUUCAACAUCAUUUCUGAUCCUCCAUCUUCAACAGCAGGCAGGACCCUCACACUGGUGGCGAAGUCUGUCCAGAAUCUGGCUAACCUGGUUGAAUUUGGUGCUAAGGAACCCUACAUGGAGGGUGUAAACCCUUUCAUCAAAAACAACAAACACAGGAUGAUCAUGUUUCUGGACGAGUUGGGGAAUGUGCCUGACCUCCCUGAAGCCACGGAGCACUUUAGGACGGACCUGUCCCGGGACCUGGCCGCGCUGCACGAGAUCUGUGCCACACACUCAGACGAGCUCCGGACGCUGAGCAACGAGAGGGGCUCAGGACAGCAUGUAUUGAAAAAGAUGCUGGCCAUCACAGAGCUCCUCCAGCAGAAGCAGGCUCAGUAUGCCAUGUCCAACAGCAACAGGUAGUACUGCACUCUUCCUCUCCUCCCAUCCUCCCCAUCCUUGCGUCAAGUCUCCGAGUGCAGCCCGGUGGAGACAUGGCAUGCUCUACCCUCAUCACCAUGGCAACCCAUCCACCAUUCUCCAUCAUAUCUUCCUCUGAUAGUCCCGCCCAUCCCACCCACCUGCCAUCUUGUCUCGUUCACCACAAGAGAGCUAUGCAACAACAGCAGCUGAGUACAACAGGCGACGGCGUACUUUAAAAAAUAAAUAAAAAAACAAACAAAGAACUUGCACCAGUAACUGACAGCUGUAUGCACAAUGCAAAUAUUUGUUCCCCUCCUCCAUUAACUGUGAUUUGGGUACAUUUAUUCCUUUCAUCACUGAGGCCAAAUGCUGAGAGGGGCUUUUUGUACCCAGUAUGUGUUUUCAAUAGCACAGGUUGCCAAAGUGCCCCCCCACCCCUCCUACUCAAUAUGAGGAAACUGGCAAGGAGAUGCUAGUUUUCCUCAGACCCCUUUACUGGAAACUGGAUUACAAGAGAUGAUGCUUUUUUGUAAUUAGUGACUUAUUUGAAGGUGGUGACAAUAUCUGCAAAGUACUGAAACAAGCAUCUCUGUAUGUCUGUGGUUUGUUUUUGUUUUUCUUUUCUAGAUUGGAACAAAGUCUUUCGAAAAAAGAAAAGUAUGGUUAUUUUAUAUUAAUAAAUUCUCUUGCUGGAAUCAUGAGUAUAUACAUGAGAAGAGCUGCAUUUUUCCCAAUAAUUGUAUCAGCUAUUUUUUUGAUUAUCUGGUUGAGGCUUUUUUUCUUUUUUUUGAAACUUCAAGACACAUAAUCAGAGAAACCAAGUAAAACAAAAGUGUUUACAGCAGUAAAAAGAAAAAAUUGGGAUAGUACAGACUGUAUCAGACAUGCAUGCACUCAUUAAACUGUUUUUGUAAAGUA